CAGCAAAGCACGGAUGCUGGUGUAUUGUUACUGCGUACUAUUGUAAACAAUUGAUGGCCGAGAGCUCCCUCUCCGAUGCAAUGUCAUCCCUUCCAGGGGGUAGGAUUCAUCGAUAUUUUACAGCAGUUUGAUUUUAUAGGUGUGAAGAUAAUUUUGCUGGUUAAAGUACAUCCAGACAUGGUACGGACACAUAACUUUGAACAAAAGCAGACUUAGUAGAUGAUAUUAUGUGAAUGGCUCCAAUAAUGAGCAACAUCACGACGACAUUAGCGGCGGCGACAACGUCAGCACUUGUACAGGAUGGCGACCCCGUUGAAUCUGUGGGUGGAUUGGCCCCGUUUGCCAUUGUUGCGAUUGCAGUUUUCGGCGGCAUUCCCGGUAUUGUAUGUACGUGUCUCGUGCUGAGGUCGAUAAUUAAAAAAUCGAACAAGUACAAAAGUGGUAAAGUGACACCAUUGAUUGGAAACAAAAGAAAUAGUAGUCCAAAUGUUGAACAAAAAGAUAAGAGGAAGGACUUUGAUAUAUGGGUCAAUAAAAUGGAGAACAAAUCUGGAGAAGCGGUUGGAACUCCUUGUAGUUACAGCGGAACAAUGAAAACGCAGGAUUAUGGAUAUGUGCCAGGCCAACCCGAAUACAACGACCCAAUUCCGGAAGUACAAUUUAGAAACAAUCAAUAUACGGAUGAUAAUGCCUAUUACGACGAAGACUAUGAUACCCAACCAGUCCUCGAGGACCAUAGUAGUGAGACUCCGUCAGAUGAAGUGAAACCUAAAAAGAAAAAUAAGAAAGACAAAAAGAAAAAAGACUUUAAUGAAAAGAAAAAAGAUUCAGAUGAAAAGAAAAAAGACAAAAAUGAAAAUAAAAUUGAUACGAACGAUAAGGUAAAGGAACCAAAGAAAAAGGACAAGAAAUCAAAAAAGAAAGAUAAGGCAGUGACUGAAGAACCAGUUGAAAUAGAGGAAGACGAAGAAAGUUCAGCAGUCAUGAGUGGAAAGAAAAGUAAAAAUGGCCAAGAAAAAAAGAAAAAGAAGGAGGGCAAGAAAAAUAAAAAGAAGGAUAAAGAAUGAGGUGAUUUUUACAAGCCUUGUGCAAGGCUUUGUGUUUAAUGCAAAUUGGCCGACUGGUUGUCAUGUGAACAGUUGUUUGAACAUUGCCGAUUGAGAUCCGUCCAUCAAUUUGGCACUAAAGCAAGAGAAUGUAAUAAUCGAAAGAUAUAUUUUAACAUUUAUUUUUCUCUAAUGUUUAUUUUCUGUAAAACAAGCGAUGAGAAAAAUAAUAUUUUUUCUGUACUGAGGUAUUUCAAAGGAUAGACAUUGGUAUUGUAAAUCAGUUCUACUACUUUUUUCAGUUUUAACUUAUUACUUUGAUUUUAAAAAUGUUCAGCAUAUUUCAUCAUCAUUUUCAAAUGUGUAAUUGAAUUGUUUGUCCAUACACAGAAAAAGUUUGUUUUACAUUUUGAAUGGAUAUUGUACAAGCAGUGUAUCCAAUCUAUUGAAUUCCCAUGAUAAAUAACACGUUACGACACGGACAAAGUUUUGAAGUCCAGGAAGUUAGAGUCUUGGUUAAAGAAAAGUAACAGAGAGAGACCACAUAUGGGUCUGUUUGAGAGGAAGACGAGUAGAAAUUCUGUACUUUGGUGAUGGUUGAUGGAAUAUAAUUUUAUGCAACAGUGAAAAUGUACAGAUUUAAUAUUUUACUAAAUUAUAA